AAAUAUUUUGGCAAUAUCUGUUGAGCGGCCUCGUUCUAAGGGUUGUUCUGGGAACCAGCGAUAAGUUGGGGGAAACCUCUGCCGGCCAGGCUGCACGUUCGUGAUAACUUUCAGCUCGGCUACGACGGGAUAUGCUUUGUCGACGGAGGCGAUGAUCACAAAAUCCUACUUCCAGACUCGCCACUUCGAUUUAGCGCCAUGAUUUUGGUAUCACCUGAAACCAUAGCAUUGUGCAUUUCCCUUAAUUUCCCUACUCAUCUCUGGUAUUGCCUAAAACCGUAGCGUUGUGCAUCUCCAUACUCACCUCUGGAGCUUACGACAUAAAUAUGGUGAAAUUAGGGAUGGUGGUCUGGGGGUUUUCUUCGAAUUUUGCUUCGAACCGAUAUUUCUCGCGUCUUUUAACGUCACCUUGGUAUGUAGGAGUCAAAGCGUCUGCAUCAACAAACUCUAGUCAGGAUGCUGCUGAAGAUGACCUAAUCAUUAGUGACAGCUGUGCUAAACGGUUGAAGGAGAUAGCCAGCAACGGAGCAUGUUUAAGAGUUACCGUUGAAGGUGGUGGUUGUUCUGGGUUUCAAUAUAAAUUCGACUUGGAUUCAAAGAUUAAUGAGGAUGACAAGGUAUUUCAGAAAGAUGGAGCAAAAGUAGUCAUUGAUUCGACAUCUUUAGAAUAUGUAAAGGGUUCAACGAUAGAUUACCAUAAGGAACUCAUACGUUCUGCUUUUAGAAUAACAAAUAAUCCACUAGCUGAACAAGGGUGUAGUUGUGGAGCUAGUUUUGCAAUUAAGGUAGAUUGAGGGAGAUAUAAAGCAACAAUUGAGCUUUUAGCCAAAUAUUCGUAGCGCGUUUGCGCUUGUAAAUUUAAAUUCCACAUAUUUUAAGACCUAGAUGAAGAUCACUUGAAUUCUCAACACUGUUAUGGACCAAAAAUUAAAUUUAUGUUGUACUUGCAUAA